AUGAAGGCUCCCGACUCUCCUCGCUAUGAAUUCGGUGGCCCUCUCGGCGCCACUGGUAUCGUCUUUGGUCUUCCAAUUCUCAUGCAAGUUCUCUACUUGGGCUGCAACGAUGUAUCGGGCUGCCCCGCACCUGCUCUGCUUGAUCCUAAAACUCUAAGCUGGGCCAAGCUCAAGUCUCAGAUUCCCUGGCCUCAAGAGGGUCUCUCUGGAUUCAUGUCCUGGGAAGUCACGAAGUGGCUUUUUGCUUAUUAUUUUUUGAGUCUUGUGCUUUACCGCAUUAUGCCCGCUCAGGUCGUUCUUGGUACAAAACUGCGCGAGUCUGGCAAGCCCCUUGAGUAUCGCUUUAAUUCUUUCUCUGCUACCGUUGUUCAAUUGACUGGUUGCGCUAUCGGAACCUACAUCUACGGCGCCAACUUCCCCGUCUGGACAUGGAUUACCGACCACUAUAUCCAGCUUCUCACAACAAGCACAGUCCUCACCUAUAUCAUCUCCAUCUGGACUUAUCUCCGCAGCUUCUCUAUCAAGCCCGGAAACCCUGAACUCCGAGAGGUCGCUGUGGGAGGCCGUACCGGACGAGUCAUCUACGAUUACUUCAUCGGUCGUGAACUCAACCCUCGUGUGACUCUCCCUUUCUUUGGCGAGAUUGACAUCAAGGCGUGGCUGGAAAUGAGACCCGGCCUUACUGGGUGGAUCUUGCUUAACUGUUCGUUCAUCGCGAAACAAUACAGAACUUAUGGCUUUGUCUCAGAUAGUAUCGUGGUCAUUGCGUUGAUCCAGGCUUACUAUGUUCUUGAAGGGCAAUAUUCCGAGGCUGGACUAUUGGGCAUGAUGGAUAUCACUUCGGAUGGACUGGGUUUCAUGCUUACAUGGGGUGACAUUGUGUGGGUGCCCUUCCUCUACUCAACCCAAUGCCGUUAUCUCUCCGUCUACCCCGUUCACCUGGGCCCCAUCGGCGUUGGAGCAAUUGGCACUGUUUUCUGCAUUGGUCUCUACAUCUUCCGCUCUUCCAACAACCAGAAAGCCCUUUUCCGCAAAGAUCCCAACAACCCAGCCUUCGCGAACAUGACUUACAUUCAAACCAAGCGCGGAACAAAGCUCUUGACAGGCGGUUGGUGGGGAAUGGCUCGUCAUGUGAACUACUUGGGUGACUGGAUUCAGUCCCUUCCCUUCUGCCUGCCCACCAAAGCCGCUGGCUACGUUAUUCUUCCUGCAGGUACAGCUGUUGCUGGAGCCGAAGUGGCGAAGAUGCUUGAUGGGCGAUUGGUUACACCUGGUGAUGCUGCGCCGUGGGGAAUGCUGUUUACGUAUUUGUAUUCGGCUUGGUUCGGAUUCUUGCUUAUUCAUCGCGAGAGACGAGACGAUUACGCCUGCUCGGAGAAGUAUGGGAAGGAUUGGGAGGAGUACAAGAACAAGGUCCGAUGGAGAGUCCUGCCUGGCGUGUACUAA